CUCUAUUUUUAACAGAAUUAGUCCACAAGCGUAAAUUAAAAAAUAAUAAUAAUAAAAAAAAAAAAAAAACUCCAAAGUCCCAACUCUCGACCGACCUUCAAAGCUUGAAGAGGCUCCCAUGGCUAACAAUCCUUCGCAGCUCCUUCCUUCAGAGCUGAUCGAUCGAUGUAUAGGGUCGAAAAUAUGGGUGAUAAUGAAAGGUGACAAAGAACUUGUUGGUACUCUCAAGGGUUUCGACGUCUACGUCAACAUGGUUCUCGAAGACGUUACUGAAUAUGAAAUUACCAAUGAAGGGCGACGAAUAACAAAACUUGACCAGAUAUUGCUUAAUGGAAACAACAUUGCUAUUCUUGUCCCUGGUGGUUCUCCUGAUCCAGAAUGAGUGUGGUGGUGUGCAAAAUUGCUUUUGUUAGUACCGUCAAAGUGGCAGAUCUAAAGAAGCAUGCUGAUGAACAAAAAAGUCUGGUGUUUGUGACUUUAGCUGGUGACCUGGUAGUCCGAGGACUAAUAUUACUAUCAGUUGUUAUGACUAUUUUUUUAAUUUUUUAUUUUUUUUGUUGGUUCUUGUAUUUGAAAGAGAGUUUAUUUACAUUGAUGACUUAAUAACUCUCCAAUGACCAUAUGAAGAUUUCUAGGGUGUGAGAAAUAUGAAACAAUUUGAAGAGCAUGUAGGUAUAGGGCCAUCAAGAUGAUAACUGUAAAUCUGACCCUUGUGCACUAAAGUUUUUCCUUUCUUAAAAAAGAAAA